CUUCCCUCCCUCGCAAACGGCUGCAAACUUCCACUCUCACCUCAAAGAGGCAAAAGCAAAGCUGCUGAAGCUUCCGAGCUUGCAAGCGAGGAAAGAGAAUGGCGACCUGCAGAGGGAUGAUCGUUUACAAGCUAUACAGAGCACUGAGCUAUGGCCUCUCGCCGCUGGUGCACCUCCACCUGCGGUGGCGCAAGUUCCGCGGCCUCGAGCAUCCACUCCGCUGGCCAGAGCGGCUCGGACGCGCCUCCGCCUCUCGGCCUCCCGGACCGCUCCUCUGGGUCCACGCCGUCUCCCUAGGUGAAGGAAUGGCUGUAAUUCCUGUGAUCAAGCAAUGCAUGCAGCAGAGGCCUGACUUUAAUAUCUUGAUGACAACGACAACACUCUCUGCAUUUGAAGUGAUAAAGGAUAAGCUUCCCACUGGGGUCUUAUAUCAGUUCGCCCCUAUUGAUACUCCCAUGGCGAUGGAUGCUUUCAUUGGAUAUUGGAAACCUGAUGCAAUCAUACUUGUGGAAAGUGAAUUGUGGCCAAACCUCAUCCUUAGCGCUUCAGAGAAUGGUAUUGCAUUGGCAUUGAUAAAUGCCCGGAUGUCUGCUAAGUCCCUUAGACGCUGGUCAGGAUCACUGCUGCUUCCUCUGGUGUCACUGCUGUUAUCAAGAUUUUCUUUGAUUAUUCCAUUGAGCAAUGCGCAGGCAAUCCGCUUUCAGCUACUUCAAGCUCCACCAUUUGUGAUAAACUUUUCCGGUGAUCUGAAAUAUGCUGUAGGAGAAUGCAAUGUCUCUACUGAAGAGGUAAGCUGUAUAAAUGAUCUGAAGUUGCAACUUGCCCACAAGAAGGUUUGGAUGGCAUCUUCAAUACAUAGUGGCGAAGAAGAAGUCAUCCUGGCAGUUCACGAGUAUCUCAUGCAAAAACAUGGUGAUAUGGUCACAAUAAUUGUGCCUCGGUAUCCCCAGCAUGGAAGGGAGAUAUUUCAAAAAUUGAGGAAGGAAAGAUAUGGUGUAGCUUUGAGAUCUCAACACAAAUUGCUUCAACCUGGGACAAAUAUAUACAUAGUGGAUACACUUGGUGAACUGGGACAGCUGUACUCCUUAACUUCAAUAGCCGUAGUCGGUGGUUCUUUCUUCCCUGGUUUAGCCGGCCAUAACUUGUCAGAAGCUGCUGCAGCUGGAUGUGCUGUUUUCACCGGUCUUUAUGUUGGACAUUUUUCACAUAUGGUACUGCAAAUGCAAAGAGUAAACAAGGUCUCCAUCCAACAGGUGUCUGGGGAUUUGGAACUUGCAGAAGCUCUCGAUGAACUCUUCACUGAUAGCACAGCUCUCAAAAUACGUCAACAGGCUGCAAAAGAAGCAUAUCAUGCUCUCUCAAGUGGUAUUAUUGCCAAUACAUGGACACUAAUAGAUUUCCAUGUUUUUAGAAGUGGGUUGAGUCCCUCCAAUCAAGCUUCUGUACAAAGUGACAUGAAAAUCGGCUUCCUUUGGUCCCACGCUCAAGUGAUGAGAUCAUAUCUUGGAAGAGGAACACGUCGCAUGGAAUUGCCAAGGGGCCAUCCUGCUCGUGCCCAUACUCCUCAUAAGCCCGGUCAAGGAGCUGGUGGAAGAUAGGGUGGUUCAAGUAAUCUGCCCUUAUGACGAACCUCUGACAGGCUUCCCCAACAAGAAUUGCCACAUGGCCUGGUGGCACGUCGGAGGGCGGGUUGGUCCUGCUGCUGCCUCCUCUGGUAAGCUUCCUCCAUACACGAGCCAUUCUCUUGAGCUUUACGAUGUUGCAUAUAUCACAUCUUGGGUUCCCCAUUGGGGAAGAGGCCAUGGAAUGAGUUUGGUUUUCUUGCGCGGCGGUCAUAAAUGAUUGAGAAGCGAAUGGCCAUCUGGGGGGGUAUUUAUCGACUCCUGGGAGGGAGAUCUGAUGCAGUAAUAAACUCUUCAGAUCAUUCAUUCAUUUUUUACCACAGUACUCCCAAUAAUUCAGGCGCUCAAUAAUAAUUUAAGAAAAGAAAAUAGUGGGAUGUCGACCAUCACCCAAGAAAAUAGUUUUGCAUGCACACAAUAUAUGCACCACCAUCAAUUGAAAUCCUUGGAUUAUAUUA